UGCAUAAACAUUUCGACCAAUCAACUCCGUUCACUUCGGAUGCGUAGGGGGGAAACCUUUACCGAUUGGAAUAGUUACGAACUCGCUAGCUUUUCUUGGUUUGGAAGUUCAGGUAUUAUCGGCUUUGUCGUGCACUUUUGGCGCUUCUUCGUUACUAUGACCGACAAGGAUACAAGUAGAGUUCGCAAAAGAACAUAUAAUAAAAUAAGCGAUGUACAAAGGUCAAAACUACAAGAAUAUUAUGACGGCGGCAUGAAAACAUGCGGUUCUGAUAAUACGGAAAAAAUUGGAGUGGCAGCCGAGGAAACUGGGCUGACUAUUGAUCAAGUAAAGGUAAGAUAUUUUUUAGUUGGACUGAAACACUACCAUGUUUCAUGUAUGUGGAAUACCCCGCCACUUAUUUGCAUCUCGUUGAAUAAUAAUAGCGAUCAUUAUGGUGAGUGCUUCUUUCUUCAAAGCACACCGACAUAUGUAAAUGAUGUAGCGGUAUAUUGUCCUAUAGAAUUAAUUCCCUUACUCUGUGUGCUGCAUAAACGAAUCUUUUUAAAGGAUUGAUUCUUAAACAGAAUUUCAUCCGUCAUAUACCGAGGUCAAGGAAGUUAACUGUACGAUUGUACUAUUCAUAAUGAGGCCUUGUGAAAUGGAUUGGAAAUGCCAGACAAAAGGAAAAGAUAAAUUCUGGAGUACAAGCAGCUCCAAAGCCAAUUAAGAUCCCAACUGGUUCACGUGGCUCACACUCCUACAACAUGUUCUGUUCAGAGUAUUUCAAGUCAGAUGAGUGCAAGAAAUUGUCCUUGGCUCAAAAGAACAAAGAAGCUGCCAAGAAAUGGCGUGACAUGACAUCUGCAGAAAAAGAUGCGUUCAAAGGAAAAGCAGAAAGUUUAAAGGCCCCUGAUGUUUCAGAGCUAAGUGAGGCUCAAAAAUCUAAAUUGAUGUCAGUUCACAGAAAAAAUCUUCUAAAUGAGAUCAUGUUUCUAGAAGACUUAGGCUGUGAAUCUUCUCUGAUUUUUCAAGACACUUCAGGCCAAGUGUACAACUUUGGAUCAAGUGCAGGUUUCUCUUUCUUAUGCCUGAAUCCUGACAUCAACAUCAAAUUCCGAGACCACUUUGCUUGCACCAAUGAGAGGUACACAUACAAAGAUGUACAACAGCUAUUCAAUUCCAAAUACAGUGAAGCAAUAAAGAAACCAGGCAGCAGGGUGCCGUAUCUACGUGGGGGUUUUACAGUAGAAAAUCUCCCAGAUGGCAUUUUCUUUAAGAAACCCUUCCAUUAUGGCACUAAACAACUCCAGGCUAUAAUGGAGAAAAAAAGCGAAAUUAAAUUCGUGAUUACCAGUAAUGCAAAUGUAAACUUGCAAAGCAACAGGGAUUUUAUUCCCUCUCCAACUCAGCCUGAAACAGUAGUCACUCUUCUGUCCAGGAUAGUGGACAGACAAUGUGCAGAAAGGGUAGUUAGACUGUCUGACAAGAUUAAAGAACAAGAUGUGGAGGUUGUGGAGUUGAGACUUGACCAGGAAGAGAGACUAAGAUUAAAUGAAUAUAGUUUUUAUUUUGAAGAUGAUGCAUGGCUUGCUGUUGGUGCUAAUAUUCAACACUCCACAGAAGCACAAGGGCUUAUUGUCCCAGUGUUUACUGAGUCAGAAGAUGAGAAAUUCUGGCUUUUCUACACUAUCCAGAAUCCAUCAAAACUAGUCAAAGCUUCAUUUACUUACAAGAUAAAAGGGUAUUGGCUUGACUUACAAGGCCAAUCCAACUACAAAUUACUGAACAAUCAUCAGGAUUAUGUUACUAUUGCCAACUUGAUCAAAAAUGGACCCUAUGGACCAUUAUAUUUUUUGCAGGGGAUGGAAAUUUCAGAUGACCAGUAUUUUAAUAUACCUGAAGUAUUUAACAAUGCAAUAUUUGCUGCCUUAAGAAGUAGCACUAUUAUUUAAAAUUUAACAAUAUGUACUUUUCAAUUUAAUAUACCUUUUCUAAGAACCUGUUGGAAAGCCAAUUUUAUAGCCAGCUGACAUACAGAGAAUCCUAAAUUGUAGUUCUUAAAUUGUUACUAUUAUCAAACUUAAUAGAUAAUGAUUAGCCUAGAAGUUUGUUUGCUAAUUUGUUGAUCAUUUUCAGUGGUCCAAGUGGUGUGUCUACAAAUGAAUACAAAAUCCAGUAUAAAGUACUUUUAUUACCUAUUACAAUAGGCUACAUGCAUGUCAUACUUUCUAACAAAGACCACUUGUAGAAGCUUGAUUGUACAAAGAAAACCAGAAACAUUACAUUUUGCCAUUUUUGUGCACUAAUGAUAAGUACUUUUCAGAAUCUUUGCCAAUAUUGUGUACUUUUGGUAGGUGGUAAUCAAAGCGUCGUCCAACCCAGGUACAUCCCUGUAGUGGACAACAUCUAAUGGGCCUCUUGGUUUUGCUGAAAAUAUAGGAAAAAUGCAAUGUGUCAAAAUGAGCAUGAAUUGAAAAAAGUCAAGAAUGCUGUGUACAGUAGAGAAAACACUCAUCUAUGUAACUACAAUGAACACAAUCCUCUGAAAAACAGAACUGAACAAUAAGAAAUGUAAUAAAAUACCUAUUUUCCUGA